GCUUCCAAGCUUACCCAGCUACGUUUCCUUGACAAGCAUUGAUGUUGUGUAUGUAAACAAUAAGGGAGGCAAGCAUGUAGGAAAUGGGGGCGUGGCGUCAUUCAAAGAGCAAGCCGAACACGCGGUGCCAAAAAAUUGAUGUGCUGUGUUGGCAACUGAGGUGCAGGCGAACAGUGGCCUUGUGGCUGCACACCAGUGCUGUAUAAGAGUGAGCGCCCGGAAAUGUGUUGCUACUUCGGACACCACUCACCCGCACUGUGAUAAGUGAAACGUGUAGAUUUUGACAUAGUUCUAUCCACGAUAGCACUAUUCGCUGGCCGAUGUAAUCCUCGUCAUCAAUAGAAGCUCUAGACUCAGAAGAACAAGGCCACGACAUAACAGCGGUUGCCUUCUAAAAUAAAGCUACCUAUCGAUACGAUGUUGCUAUUUUGUUGGACAAAACAUAGCAUAAAAUUAAAUGCCAUUGUAAGCUCACUUUCAAUUUAUGAUGAAACCAAUGAGAAGAAACAAGUGCGUGGUGCUCCUGGUGUUCCUGCUAUUGUGCAGCAUUGCUCUGAUUUUCUGGCAGAUAAUAUGGAGCAUGACACACCGGGACCUGCCAUCAUCCUUUGAUGUGUCACUCCUCCAACACCUGUCCUAUGUUGAAUCUGCACCUGAUACUGCAAAGCAAGAUCUGUCUCGACGGUAUGGUUAUAAUAUUGUCAACAGCCGCGCAGUCAAGCCGAAUAGAAGUCUUCCUGACCUAAGACAUGCAAGUUGUGGUGUUGUAACUUCAUCCAUAAAGCAUGAGCUGCCUUCACCAAGUAUUAUUGUUACGUUCAGGGAUGAAGACCGGUCUGUCCUUUUGAGGAACAUAGUCAGUAUUCUGACAAAGUCAAGCCCUGUCACCCUUCGUGAGAUAAUUUUGGUUGAUGAUGGUUCCAGAAACGCUGAAGAUGGGCACCUACUCUCUCAGCUGCCUGGUGUUCAAGUUAUUAGGAAUGAACAACCCACAGGACGGGGAGCUGCCAGGGUCAAGGGCAUGCAAGCAGCAUCAGGGGACGUCAUUGUCUUUGUCGAUAGCUUGGCUGAGGUCAACGUCAAUUGGUUGUCUCCCCUUUUGCUUCGCAUCCUCCAGAGUCCAAAGAGUCUUGUGUCCCCCAUCUUGGAUUCCAUCGAUCAUGUGACUUUUGGUUACAGGUCUUUGCCUGGAAUUUUUAGGGGAGGUUUUGAUUGGACUCUGGAGCAUCGCUGGGAGGACGUUCCAUUAGCUUUUCACACCAAUGAAGAUGUCACUGCUCCUAUCAGGUCUCCGACAUUGUGUGGAAGUGUCUUGGCUGUCAGGAAGGACUUUUUCAGCUGGUUAGGGAAAUAUGACCUCAACCCUAUGUCCAAAGACAUUGAAGAUUUAGAAUUGACGAUGCGUGCGUGGAUGUGUGGAGGCCAAGUGGAGAUAAUUCCUUGCAGUCGGGUCGGUCUCAUCCAAGCACAUGGGAGAGAACUGGGUUCCCGCCUUUAUAUCUUCAACAAUUACCUCCGAGGUGCUCGGAGAUUGGCAGAAGUGUGGCUGGAAGAAUUCAAGAGGUUCUUUUACGCUGUGAGGCCUUCUGCGAGAAUGCAGCCACUAUCAGAUGUCAGCAGCCAGCGAAAACUCAAGGGAAAAUUGAAGUGUAAAAAUUUCAAGUGGUUCCUUACAUCAGUGUACCCGCAGCUACAACCACUGAUAACCGACGAGGUUGCUUACGGCAGUCUGAAGCAGGGAGAGAACUGUGUCGACCUUGACCCUGGUCAGCUCCCUCUGGUGGCCAAGCUGAGGCGGUGUGAACCCGGCAAGGACUCACAGGAGUGGUCGUGGCGUAAGCGUGGGGUCAUCGUGUCCAGUGGGAUGUGCCUCACCUCGGACAUGCACAGCAUGCAGGGGUUUGUGCAGGUGCAGUUUUGCAAGGAUGCUGAGAACCAGAUCUGGUACAGACAUAAUGAGAAGAUCGUUCACCAGGACACGAACCUGUGUUUGGACGGUAUCCAUGGUAACAAGGGACUCCUCAUCACCGAGUGCAUCAAACAACAGGCCAGCCAGGCUUGGGAGAUUUCGCGGGAGGAGCCCGCCAGAAAUGCUGAGAACGAUUACCUGGAGCCUGGUGUUGUGCUGCUCUGAGAGGGAGAUCCCACUUUGAGAGGAGGGAGAUCCCAGUUUGAGAGGAAUAUCCCACUUUGAGAGGAGGGAGAUCCCACUUUGAGAGGAGGCAGAUCCCACUUUGAGAGGAGGGAGAUCCCACUUUGAGAGGAGGGAGAUCCCACCUUGAGAGGAUGGAGAUCCCAGUUUGAGAGGAAGAUUCCACUUUUGAGAGGAAGAUCCCACUUUGAGAGGAGGGAGAUCGCAGUUUGAGAGGAGGGAGAUCCCAGUUUGAGAGGAGGGAGAUCCCAGUUUGAGAGGAGGGAGAUCCCACUUUGAGAGGGAGCUGCUGUCUUCUCUGGCCAGACUCCUCGUUUGUUGUUUGCUGUGCCUUAAAAGUUCAUUAUUGUCUGUAUUGAUUUUGUAAUUAGCCACGGUUUUGCCAAAAGAAUGAAGUUGUAGACAUUUCUUGACUUUAUUUUGGUGUGGAAAAGAAUCUCGAGUCCUUAUCUACGUAAUGUAGAUUGUAUUUUUUAUAAUAAAGAUUUGGAAUCCUGGAUGCUUUUUAUAUCACGUUAUUAUCUCUGUUGCUUUUGUCAGGGUUGCUUUAACCCUUUUGGUACGACCCAUUUUGUACUCCCUGAUAUUUUUGGGAAAAUGUUGCCAUUCCUGACAUACCAGCUAGACCUAUGUCAGUUUGGCAUUUGAAAAAGUUUAAAGAAUGAUAUAUUU